AUGCUGAAAACGGCAACAGCCGACCCACUGCAAUGGCCCAACCACAAGAAGAUCUCCAUCGUCCUCAACAUCGCCCUCCUCUCCGCCGCCGGCCAGAUGGCCUCGUCGAUGGUAGCGCCCUCUGUAGGCCAGAUCACCACCGAGUUCAAAACCGACAGCCUCAUCCUCGCCGUGCUCGUCGUCUCUGUGUUUCUGAUCGGCAUGGCGGCAGGACUUUUGCUCACGUCCGGGAUCUCAGAGGUCUACGGACGUCUUGUCGUCAUCCACAGCACAAAUGUCUUGUUCGUGGCAUGUGCCUGCGCGGUCGCGGCGUCGCGGUCACUCGGACAGGUGAUUGGGUUUCGUUUUCUCCAAGGAGUGGCCGCAGCUGCUCCGCCGGCUGUUGGGGGUGGUGUCAUCGGCGACAUGUUCCUCCCCAAGGACAGAGGCAGGGCAACAAGUAUAUACGGGCUCGGUCUGCUGCUCGGGCCUAUGAUUGGGCCUGUGGCGGGUGCCUAUAUCACACAGGAAGCCGGGUGGAGACGGAACUGCUGGAUCAUUGCGAUUGUGGGUGCUGUUAUGUCACUGCUGACUACGCUGGUCCUAAGAGAAACAUAUGGGCCUCUUGUGAGGCAGCGCAACGAAAAGCGCUUGCAGGUCAAGCCUGGAAAAUCUGAUCAAGUCGCAGCAAUACCUCAUAGCAGAAGAAGAGGGAUGGGAUUCGGAACACUGGCAGGUUCCGUGGUCCGACCCAUCAAGUUACUGAUGACAUCUCCGCUUGUUUUCCUUCCCGCGCUGGGACUCUCAGUAAUUUUUGGAAUUGUGUUCUUGGUUCUUUCAACGAUGGCGACGGUAUAUCAGCAGGUCUACGGGUGGUCGACGGGCGACUCUGGACUACCAUACUUGGGCUUGGGCGUCGGACUUCUCCUAGGGCUUGGAAUCUACUCUGUGACAGCCGACAGAGGCUACAGAAAGUUGACAAAGACUAUCAUGACCCCAGCACCCGAGCUCAGGCUGGCUCCCAUCACCCUAGGCUCACCCUUGGCAGCCUUCGGUCUCAUCAUCUACGGCUGGGCACUGGAGAAGCAACUGCAUUGGAUCGUGCCCAUCGUUGGCUGUCUUCUCCUUUGUCAAGGGCUGGUAUUCUUUAUCAUGCCCGUCACAACAUACCUUAUCGACGUCUUUCAUGCAGAGGCUGCGGGUCCGGUUGGGGCUGCUUCGGUCCUGAGGUGUCUAGCGGGUGGUUUGCUGCCUCUGUGCGCCGAUAAAUUGUAUAUGAGCUUGGGUUACGGGUGGGGGAACACCACUUUGGCUUUUAUUGCCCUAUUGUUCACGCCAUUUCCAUAUCUGUUCUAUAAGAAUGGGAAGAGGCUUAGGGAGGGGCUGGCCGUUGUACAGUGA